CAACUUGGUACACGUGUUUUGAACUGAAGAUUUCUCUUAUGUGUCAUAUCUCGCACAUCUUUAGCUAGUCACUGAGUCGUAUGUGUGCUGCUGCUGCUGCUGUAGGACCUGUGAUCUGAUCUGAUCUGAUCUGACGCACUGAGCUCAAUCUGAUCCACGCGCGCUUCUGGAGAGGUUGGGGUCACACAAUCCACCGCUGCGCUCCAGACCAAACGCAUCAUGAUCCGCCACAAACGGGACACCUGGAGCACAACACGGCUUCUGAGACUGAGAUCUGUGAAAUAUCCAGAGCUCUGGAGAGAAGAAUGAAUGAUCCAUGAUGAACUGGGAUGUGGUGGUUCAUGUGUUUCUGUAAUAUUCCUGUCAAAUAACAAUGGCUUGUCGGGCUGGAUGCUGCUGCUCCAGCAUCGCUUCUCUAAAUGAAGAUAACGCCAGAUUUAUCAUGCUGGCUCUGCUGAUCAUCAUCUACCUGUUGUGUGGCGCAGCGGUGUUCUCGGCGCUCGAGCAUCCGAAGGAGAAGCUCGCCAAGGAGCGAUGGGCUCAGAGGAUCGAGCAGUUCACCCACAAGCACAACCUGAGUCAGGACGAGCUGAAGAACUUCCUGAGGAACUAUGAGGAGGCCAAUGUGGCGGGCAUCCGCGUGGACGCCACCAGACCCAGGUGGGAUUUCACGGGAGCUUUUUAUUUCGUCGGAACUGUGGUUUCAACUAUCGGUUUUGGGAUGACGACACCCGUCACCAUUGCUGGGAAGAUAUUCUUGAUCUUUUACGGGCUUAUUGGCUGUGCUGCCACAAUUUUGUUCUUUAACCUCUUCCUGGAACGAGUCAUCACAGUGAUCGCAUUCGUUUUGAAGUCCUGCCACGAGUGCAGAGAACGCCGCAAAGCCGGCCCGCCUCAGAACUGCCAGCGUCCCUCCACCGUCAGCAGAGAGCGGCGCACGGACAGCUUGGCUGGCUGGAAACCUUCCGUGUACUGCGUCAUGCUCAUCUUAGGAGUCGCCGCCAUCGUGGUCUCCUGCUGCGCGUCCGCUAUGUACUCGGCAGCCGAGGGUUGGGACUACCUGGACGCCCUCUAUUUCUGUUUCGUGGCUUUCAGCACCAUUGGUUUUGGGGAUAUGGUGAGCAACCAGCGGGAGAUGUACAAAGCUCAAGCGGCCUACAGGGUGGGCAACUUCCUUUUCAUCCUCACAGGGGUGUGUUGCAUCUACUCACUGUUCAACGUCAUUUCCAUCGUGAUCAAGCAAGUUCUCAACUGGCUCUUGCGGAGGCUGGAGACACCCUGUCGCUGCCCGGGUCGAGGGAACCGCCAUCCACGGAGGAACGUGGUCGUCCCCGGCCACAUGAGAACCAGGCGGGACAACUCCAUUGAGACUGACGGAGUCAAUGACAGCGAGGCGGAUGGACGGCGGAUGUCUGGAGAGAUGAUCUCUAUGAAGGACUUUCUGGCCGCUAAUAAAGUUAAUCUGGCCAUCAUGCAGAAGCAGCUGUCAGAGAUGGCCAACGGUUAUCCUCGCCCGUUAGGGAGCAGCUCACGUCACAAUGAGUUCUCCGGAGGGGUCGGAGCGCUGGGAAUCAUGAACAACCGACUGGCAGAGACAAGUGUAGAUUGAUAAAUCCAGCGUUUAGAAAUGUGAAAUAACCAGACGACCUCCACAGCAAAGUGUUAUCACAACAAAGACAAGCAAAAACCGUAACUCUCAUCCUUUGGGUCUCAUUCACUAAUAGUUGUGUGUACAAAUGUUCUUCUGGACGUGCACAGACAAGGUUAGCUUGUAAAAUGUAUGGCGGAUUCAUAACAAGUGUGUACCAGUUUUAUUGUAGUUAAA